AUGGCUGGAUUCAAGCUUUACAAGGCGAUACUCGCCUUUUUGGCUGUUGUCAACCUCAUGGGUUGUGGCGCCCUGGGUACCGAUCUCCCUCAGGAAGUUGACCCUACUAAUGGUGUAUCUGCUGACUACGUCACCAACGAUGUUGAAACAAAAAGCGAAGUAGACGGUGAUACUAGCGAGGAUGACGAUGAAUCGGAUGAGGAAUCAGAGUCAGAUGAAGAAGACGAUGGAGACGAAGGUGACGAAUCGGUUGACGCUUCAGAGUCAGAUGUAGUGGCCAAUGGCGAUGGACAACCUCAGAACGCUGAACCUUCCACUGGCACAUCCACAGGCUCCAGUGCCCACAACCCAGGCCAUGUACCUGGUGGACUUGCUGGAGAUUGCGACGAGGUUUGCGAAUCGGGCCAGAGGCGUUUUCAACUAAUCCUUGAUCACAUUGCCGAUUACACCCCUAAGAGCACUUCUUUAUUAUCAUUUAAAGAUGUUGUGAGCGGACUCAAAGGUAGAAGUGACAUUCGAGUACCCGCUGAUAUCGCGAAAGAACUUGCUAAUAUCCAGGGAUACAGCGUCUACUAUAGCUUGGCCCGGAAAAUCGCUAGAUACAUCGGCAGCAUGUUAUUUAAUGGUAAAUACAACGACAUUCCUGCGGCUGGAGAAGGUAAAGGGAGGAUGAGAGUAACGAACAACGGAAUGGUAGCAUAUAUAUUGGAGGCUCUUGGUAUGUGCUGUCGAUUGAGAGCACUUUGA